AUGGAUCUGAAGGAUCUCUGUUCUUUACUCCUUCCAUUGAGCGACCUCGCUUAUUGGCACGAAAGUCCUCGCAAUGUCUUCAGAGAAAUCUAUAUGGGUGAAUACACCCUGCUUGGGCUCUUGUCACCUUUGGCGCUUGCUACAACCCAGAAUUGCUCCUCUGCGGCUGGUGGGAUACAGUACAUUCAUUUGACUGGCAAGCCGGGUAUUGAUGGAGUUCCGGAGAACGCUGUACCGGUGGCUAGGGGCGACGGUGAGGGUGUGAAGAACGAGCUCACCGUGGACCGGCUACCGAACACUAUUUCCAGAUUUAUUCGAAAAGGAUACAGGCUUGUACGUCGGUCUCAGAUUAUCUUCCAAGACAUCGAGCUGAAGGAGAGGGAGAUGAUGCUUAUUCUCUCCUGUACGGUGCCCGUCAUUGUGCAAAAUGUCAGAGGCGAAGAGAGCUCAGUGUUCAUCGCUGGACAAGUCUCGAGAGCGACGAUACGGUGGCUAUGUGACGAGCUCAAAGUGGACUUUGAUCCGAAUGAGCCAGAUGGCGUUUUCCAAACCGAACGCAAGCCGUAG